AUGUUGGUCGUGAUGUUUACCACCACACAUUCUUCGAAAUGCUGGGUAAUUGGUCAUUUGGAGAUUACUUCAAGAAAGAAGCGUGUGAAUGGGCUUGGAAUGUUGACGAAAGUUUGGAAAAUACCUAGUGACCGUUUAUAUGUCACGUAUUUUGGCGGUAAUAGCUCUUUAGGUUUACAACCCGAUGAAGAGGCACAAAACAUAUGGACUUCAAUUGGCUUACCAACGAACCGUGUGCUUCCGUUUGGUAUGAAGGAAAACUUUUGGGAAAUGGGCGAAACUGGCCCUUGUGGUCCUUGUUCUGAAAUACAUUAUGAUCGGAUUGGUAAUCGUGACGCCUCUCAUUUGGUUAAUCAAGAUGAUCCGGACGUGCUGGAAAUAUGGAACCUAGUGUUCAUACAAUUUAAUCGAGAAGAAGGUGGAUGUUUAAGACCGCUUCCUGCAAAACAUGUUGAUACUGGUAUGGGAUUUGAACGCACUCUAUCAGUUAUUCAGGGAAAGCGAUCCAAUUACGAUACAGAUUUAUUUACACCCUUAUUUGAAGCUAUUGAAGCUGGCACUGGUGCUAGACCCUAUACAGGUAAAGUGGGUUCUGAGGAUACUGACGGAAUUGAUAUGGCAUAUCGCGUAUUGGCCGAUCAUGCUCGAGUGUUGACGAUAGCCCUUAGUGAUGGUGGGCGUGCUCAAAAUACCGGCAGAGGAUAUGUACUUCGUCGUAUUUUAAGGCGUGCUGUUCGGUUUGCAGUAGAAGUUUUAAAUGCUAAACCUGGAUUUCUGGCUACUUUAGUUGAUGUUGUCGUUAAGACAUUGGGAGACGCCUUCCCAGAAGUAACUCGAGAUCUCGAUACUGUGAAGGAGCUUAUAAAUGAAGAAGAACAGCAGUUUCUGGUUACUUUGAAGCGUGGUCAGCGUCUUCUGAAUCGUGUGAUCCAAGAUUUAAAAGGAUCAAGUGGUAAAGAUGCUACGCUGUCUGGUGAAGUUGCUUGGCGCUUAUAUGAUACCUAUGGAUUUCCCUUAGAUUUGACACAAUUAAUUGCUGAAGAACAUCAUUUCAAGGUUGAUUUAGACGGCUAUGAGAAAGCCAAAGAAGAGGCCCAAUUACGUAGUCAAGGUGGAUUUUGUGCAGGUGGAUCAGUUAUCGAUCUUGAUGUACAUGCGUUAGCUGAAUUAAAGAAUAAAGGUGUACCACUUACAGAUGAUUCUGAAAAGUUCAACUACUCAGCAGAUGUUGAGGGAAACUAUGAAGAAGGAAUCCGUUCACUGUACCGCGGCUUCUCUCCUGCUAUCCUUGGUAUUGUACCGUAUGCUGGGACAGCAUUCUUCACUUUUGAAACAUUGAAAGAAAGUCGUCUAGCCACUCUUUGAGAAUCGGCUACGGUCUUCAAGGCUGUUUUUACAGCAGGGUGUUGUCGUAACUGUCUGUCUAGCCAGUUUCUCGUUGAAGGCUGAUUCAGUGCUCGCAUUAUCGAGCUGCACUCCCAAUGGUCUUGUGGCUAUAGUUUUCCUGCGCUCAUUUGGGCGCAGAUAAAUACGUGCUCGAAAAGUAGCGACAAUCCUCCAUCGAUUGUUACCAGCGCCAACUCAUAGCAAUGUGAUCUAUCUGUGUUCACCGCUGAGUUGAAGUAGGUGGACGCCGUGUCAUACAGUGUAUCUUUUAUGUCUGAAAUUUGGGGUCCCUAGAACUAGAUGGUUAUCUUAUCACACUCGUAGCAGACGAUCGCCAUUUUCUGUUCGCUCGGCUGGGAUUCUAAAAGUGCCACCUGAAUG